AUGGCGCGGUUCCCGGCUGACCUCUUGCGGCAGGGCUGCGCGCCCUCCCACGACGCCGCCGCCGCCCACGUCCGGGGCCUGGUCGCCCUCCUCCUGAGGCACCAGGCGGAGAGGCGCCCGCUCCUCCAGAUCCACGCCCAGCUCGUUGCCCGCCAGGUGUUCGAUCGCCGUCCCACGCCCUGGCACGCGCUCCUCAAGGCCUACUCCCGCGGCCCUCUCCCCCAGGAGGCCCUGAGCCUCUUCAGGGACGCGCGCCGGCACGCGGCCGACGACACCUACGCCUUCGUGCACGCCCUCGGGGCCUGCGCGGCCCUGGCGUGGCCGCGGGCCGGCGCGCAGCUGCACGGGCUCGCCGUCCGCAAGGGGUUCGAGAUCCACGCCUACGUGCAUACCGCCCUUGUCAACGCAUAUGUCGUGUGCGGGUGCCUGGCGGAUGCUCGGAUUGCGUUCGAGGAGAUGCCGGCGAAGAAUGCGGUUACUUGGAACGUGGUGAUCACCGGGUUUGCUGCGCGGGGCGAGGUUGAGUACGCGAGGCUGCUCUUUGAGCGGAUGCCCUGUAGGAAUGUUGUCUCGUGGACCGGGAUGAUUGAUGGGUACACACGCUCCUGUCGGUCUGUGGAGGCCGUUGCUCUCUUUCGCCGCAUGAUGGCUGAAGGCGUUGAUCCAAGCGAGAUAACUGUUUUAGCGGUUGUACCUGCGGUAUCAAAUAUUGGAAGGAUUCUUUUGGGCGAGGCCUUGCACGGCUAUUGUGAGAAGAAGGGUCUUCUUGUGUUGGAUAUCCGAGUUGGGAAUUCGCUCAUAGACUUGUAUGCCAAGCUUGGGUCUAUAAACAACUCACUGAAGAUUUUCCAUGAAAUGCUGGGUAGGAGAAACUUGGUGUCAUGGACAUCAAUAAUUUCAGGGCUUGCAAUGCACGGGUUGUCAACUGAGGCAGUUGAACUGUUUGCAGAGAUGAGAAGAGCUGGAAUCAGGCCUAACAGAGUCACCUUCUUAAGUGUUCUCAAUGCUUGCAACCAUGGCGGGCUGGUCGAGCAAGGAGUACUGUUUUUCAGAAGCAUGGUUUAUGAAUACAAUCUAACUCCAGAGAUCAAACAUUUUGGUUGUAUCAUAGACAUGCUAGGGAGGGCUGGACGAUUAUGUGAGGCUGAGCAAGUAAUAAGUGGUCUGCCUAUGGAGGUUAAUUCAGUUGUGUGGAGGACACUGCUGGGUUGUUGCAGUAAGUAUGGAGAAGUGGAGAUGGGGAAGAGGGCAAUGAAGAAAAUACUAGACAUUGAAAGAGAAUCUGGAGGUGAUUUUGUGGUGGUAUCCAAUAUGCUUACUGAGCUCGGUAGGUUUAGUGAUGCUGAAAGAGCACGAAAGCUAGUAGAUGAGAGAAAUGCUGUUAAGGUUCCUGGGCUUGCUUUGGUUGAUGAGAGUCACAUUGUAAUGAUGGAAGCCAUAAAGAAGCUUCAUGGCCAUCUCAUUGUUUCUGGUCUGUACAAUUGCCAAUAUGCAAUGUCUAAGAUUCUCAGAUUCUAUGCUAUUCUACAACCAGAUUUGGCUCUUGCUCAUAAAGUAUAUGGGCAGAUUGAAGCACCAACAACUUACCUUCGGAAUAUCAUACUCAGGGGGCUUGCUCAAAGCGAUGCACCAGAAGAUGCAAUUGCUUUCUACAAGAAGGCUCGAGGAGAAGGUAUGGAGCCGGACAACCUGACGUUCCCAUUUGUAGUGAAGGCUUGUGCAAGGAUUAGUGCUCUUAAGGAAGGGAAACAGAUGCACAACCAUGUACUGAAAUUCGGGCUUCUUUCGGAUAUCUUCGUUUCCAAUUCGCUGAUUCAUCUAUAUGCUGCCUGUGGUGAUUUGUGCUGCGCAAGAUCUGUUUUCCAUGAGAUGCUGGUUAAGGAUGUGGUGUCCUGGAACUCUUUGAUAUGUGGAUACAGCCAGUGCAAUAGAUUACAAGAGGUCUUGAAGUUAUUCAGGUUGAUGCACGGCGAAGGAGUGAGAGCUGAUAAGGUCACUAUGGUCAAGGUUGUUUCUGCGUGCACUCGUCUAGGAGAUUGGAGCAUGGCAGAUUGCUUGGUCAAGUACAUAGAGGAUUACUGCAUAGAGGUGGAUAUCUACUUGGGCAAUACUUUGAUAGAUUACUAUGGCAGACGUGGGCAGCUGCAAUCGGCUGAAAAGGUUUUCUUCAACAUGAAGGAUAGGAACACCGUGACAAUGAACGCAAUGAUCACCGCAUAUUCGAAAGCGGGGGAUCUGGUCUCCGCAAGAAGGUUAUUCGAGGAAAUUCCUAGCAAAGAUCUGAUCUCAUGGAGCUCUAUGAUAUCCGGCUAUUCACAAGCCAGUCAGUUCUCUGACGCCUUGGAACUCUUCAGGCAGAUGCAGAGAGCCAAGGUGAAACCGGACGCGGUCGUGCUCGCGAGUGUACUCUCUGCCUGCGCGCACCUAGGCGCUCUCGAUCUCGGCAAGUGGAUCCACGACUACGUGAGGCGACACGGCAUCGAAGCCGACACCAUCCUGCACAAUUCUCUGAUCGACAUGUACGCGAAAUGCGGAAGCACCAAGGAGGCGCUGCAGGUCUUCAGAGAAACGAAAGAGAAGGACACCCUGUCAUGGAACUCGAUCAUAAUGGGGCUGGCGAACAACGGCUCCGAACACGAAGCCCUGGGCGCCUUCCGCGCCAUGCUCGCCGAAGGGUUCAGGCCGAACGAGGUCACCUUCCUCGGUGUGCUGAUCGCGUGCGCCAACGCGGAGCUCGUCGAGGAGGGGCUCGGCCACUUCGAGAGCAUGAGGUCGGUCCACGGCGUGGAGCCGCAGAUGAAGCACUACGGCGUCGUCGUCGACCUCCUGGGGCGCGCCGGUCGGCUGACGAAAGCGCUGGGGUUCAUCGCCGAGAUGCCCGUCGCUCCUGAGCCCGUCGUCUACAGGAUACUGCUGGGGGCGGCCAGAACGCACGGUGAUUUGGGCGUCGCCGAGGUGGCCGCCGAGAGGCUCAGGGAGCUGGACGGCGGGAACGGCGGGGACUACACGCUGAUGAGCAAUGCGUAUGCGGGGGCUGAUAGAUGGAGCGACGCCAUGGAGGUCAGGCAGCGGAUGGAGGAUAGGCGUGUGAGGAAAUUGCCCGCUUGCAGUGUCGUCGACUGCUGA